AUGGGUCUUUUUGGCAGAGAAGGUAGCGCUGACGGCAAACCUCAAGAGCGACCCAUCAAGAGGAAACCCUUCGCCAACUUGGUAAAGAAGCUCGGAUUCAACAGGAGCGGCGAUAAUCAGCAAGAGAAGACUGGCAAUGGCAACAAGAAGUCGAACGGCGGGCUGGGGGGCACAUUGAAGCACAAGAAGCACAACACCUGGAGCAAGAACAAUAACCCCUAUCCCGAAUCAGGCCAUGUUCGUCCUGUUCAACAGGCGAGUCAGCCAUCCUUCGGCGAGUCCGCACGGCGCCGCUUCAGCACAUCGUACUCUUCUCUCCCCAUCAGUGCUGGGCACGAUCGCGAAGAGCCAAGUCACAGCAAUAAGAGCGGCGCACCCACCCUCGCGACGAAUACCGAGACGGUUCACAGCGAUGCCGGUCAUAGCAGAGCGGCCACGGCCACCACAGGCGCUGGGGCUCUCAGUAGUAUGGAUUGCACCGGAGCAGGUAGUACCUUCAGCUCGCCGACCCACAGCGACCACUCUCUCGCUACGACAUUGACCACGAUACAAUCGCAGUCGAAUGCAGGUGCUCCGAAUGGGGCAUCUGGUGUCCAGCACAACCACACUCAACCCAUCGGCAGCCAGUUUAGCCAUCAAUAUCCAGUGUCCCCUGCUGCAUCAGCCAUGACAGCUUCCGCCAUUCCGCGCCAUCUUCACGGUGACACCAGUGUCCCCCACUCGUACGGCUCCACCGCUGCGAGUGGUCUCCUCGCGGACAAUGCCAGUAUCAUGACACUGGCCUCGUCUUCCAAACGCAGGAGAAGAAGCAUGGACACCGAUGCCUCCGUCCGAGCAAUGGCACCGAGUUCCAACUUCGGCGGCAGCCGUGAAUCACUCCCCCUGAGCGUCCUUAGCGCCAACAUCGACCCACCUCGACACUCCAUUCAAGCUGGCUCGUCACUCGCCGCCGAGCGGGCAAGCGUCUACUCUUCUUCUGGUCUCGGACGUGACGGUAUCUCCUCACCCAUUGGCCCAAGCGAGCGGAACUCCUACUACGCCAAGCAAACUGCCGGAGACGCAAAAUCUCUGCGUUCCAUCACAAACCUGAAGAAUGCCACGGAUGCUUCAUCCAUCACGGGGAUCUAUCCGCGGUCGGAAUAUGAGGCGAAGAGGGACGCUGGCGAUGUGGCCAGUUUGCGGAGUGUAGAUGCUGCCAAGAGCAUCGACCACACGAGGAACAACAGCAUUGGCAGUCCGGUCAAUAGCCCUUCGCUGUUGAGGCAGACAAGCAUCGGAGGAACUACGGCGUUAAGUUUGAGCGAACGGAGCAGUGAGUGGAGGGAUCGCGAGCAGGAGGGAGAUGAGGUGGAGGGAUAG